GUCGCCUGGGUCGCCCUCCUUGCAUUGCGCGAGCCGCUCUUCCCACUGCACAGAGAGUGUCAAUCUCAUCACCGCCGCUCACAGCUCCACACUGCGUCACAGGCAGCCCACGUCGCAGGCCUGUGGAGAGAGAGGCUUGUUCAUACCAGAUAAAAUAUUUAUACUUGUAGAAAUGAUUCCACAAAAAGGAUUGGCAUUUUCUAGAUUAUGGGUGAUUAGAUUGGGAGAGUGAAUUCAGUCGUAAGCUCUUUACCAUUCGAAUCAUUCAAAACACGUACAAAAAAUAAGUUACUAAAACAUUAUGUACAAAUGUUCAUACAAGUUAUUAUUAAUCAGUUGUUUUCAAAGGAGUGUCUGAAUCAUAACACUUGGAGCCGACAUAUCGAAAGACGCAGUCUACAGAUCGCUAUGGAGAUAGUUUAUUGACCAACGGAACACCAACAUCGUCGUCUUCCACUGUGGUGAUCUAGGUACUGGCAUCCAGGUCCGCAGUUCAGCACAGCUGCUGCAGCCAACCUAGGAGGGUGAAUGUACCGUCUCGUGUAAUUACCCCGUACUUGGUCACCAGGCCACGUUGUGCUCAUAAAGGGGCUAAAGGUUAAAUCCGGUUAUUACCAAACAGUCAGGAGUACUACUAUCUUUCACCCUCCAGGAUGUUUUUAUUACGAGCAGGAUACCGAAAGAUACCUGUUUCCAAGACCUGCGGUGAUUUCUGACAAAAGCUUGACCCUGCAGAGAAGUCAGGGGAAUAUAUGAUGAGCCAAAACGACGAAAUGAAGCGGCUACAGUGUCUGCAAAUGGAGGACAAAGCCCAUGUACUUCAGGAAGAUGAUCCUCUGGACGCGGGCGAACCUGACAAGAAGGGAGUUAAGAACUUGCUCAUCUAUUACGCCCGCCAUUCUACCAUGCAUGGCAUCCCUUCUAUCGUGGGGUCGCGCCUCUACCGGGGACGCAGCAUUUUCUGGUGUAUCGUUGUCAUGGUGAUGGCUAUUUUGCUUGUGACCGUCAUCUACUGCCAGAUGUCCGAUUUCUACCGUUAUCCUACCGUCACUAGCGUCAACGUCAGAUACGUCGACGAGGAGGACUUCCCUGCCGUCACCAUUUGUGAUCUAAACGUCUUUAACAAAGAGUUUAUGGAUAAAAUGGAUAAACACACACAAAUGGCAAUGCCUUACCUAACUGAAAUAUCCGGAAUAUUUCAUCUUGUUGGGAAGAUAUUGUUGGACAAGAUACUGCAAAAUGAAGGAAUGCCACCAUCGAAUAAAACUGCAGAUGACAUUGUGGAUGCAUUAUUAAGAGACGUAGAAAAAAUGGUGGUUGAAUCGGGAUUAAAGUGUGCAUGGGGGGAUUACUAUUGGGAAGACUGUGGGGACGCCUUGACCACACGGAUUACAGAAAUGGGUCUGUGUUUCACAAUAAAUACUCGGAACCUUACUCGUCGAAGUAACGGACACAAAAUGAACGCGGUGAGCAACUCCUUGCGUGGCCUGAGUGCUCUUGUUACAACAGUCAGGAGUGAUAUACCAUAUCGUCUAUACCAGUUUGAAGGAUUCAAGGUUGUUCUCCACGACCAUGAUGAGGAUCCACUGCCCCAGUCCCGGGGAUUUGUCGUCGGUGCCAACUGCUCGUCAGAAGUCGAAAUCACCAAAACUGUCAGAAUCGGACUUGAGCCUCCGUUCAAGGCUUUUGGUGGUUCCACCUGCGUGGACACGAACAGUGACACGUUUGUCAACCCCCUGAGGCGGUUCGACUACUACUCGAAAGAGGCGUGUGAGAAGGAGUGUUUCUUUGAUUACGUCAUCAAAGUCUGCGGAUGCCGACAUUUUCUUCAUCCAGGCAAUGAGACGCUGUGUUCCAUGGAUCGACUGGCUGUGUGCUACAGGGCGGCUGAAGCUAAAUACUACAGAGGGAAUGGGGAUAGAGAUGUGGAAAAGGCUCCGUGUGUGUGUCCGCUGCCGUGUACGGAGACUCAUUAUGCCGCAGCUGCCACCUGCACCAAGUUCAGGGCAACCGACUUCUUCGAGAGUAUAGUCCAUGACCUGGGCGCGGAUGUUGUGACGCUUCACUUCUUCUUCCCUGAUCCUGUGGUCACGACCAUUGAACAAGUCCCUAUCUACACACUGCAGGGUCUGCUGGGGUCUAUUGGCGGUCAGGUUGGGUUGUUCAUGGGCUUCAGCCUCAUCACAGUUGCUGAGAUGUUUGAGUUGAUUUUCUUGCUCUGCACGAGAGGACGCCAUCUCCGGGAAGAGCGAAGAGACCCCAUGCAACAUACAUACGGGGCACGCCAUGCCUUCUGACCAAACGCUGGCACCGCCACUGCCGUCUAGGAAAGUGACGGGACAUCCAUAAAAAGAGAGAGAUGAUAUUUUGUUAAAUGAUGCUUUGAACGUCUUGUCUUUGACAUUCUGCAGUAGAGACACACUUUACUUGACAGAUGUGUCAAAGUUGUAUAUUGGCCGUGUACAAACGCCACAUAGCGGAAGAACGCUUAACUUGUAGGAUUCAUACUUAAGCUUUUUAAGUUGAUUGAGGGCCCCUCAAAUACCCAUCUGUUCUCAACGUCAGUUUGAUCAGUUUACGUAACGACGAUCAACAGCAUGUGAGUGACAUAGGACAUAUACUAGUAUCACAUCCUCGUGUGGGCUUUGGGGUGUUCCAAGGUUACCCAUAGCUCCUUAUGUAUAAUAAUGUUUUUUGGACAUUGUUAAUGAUGAACGGUCAAGAUGAAUGACCCUCAUGGAAUUACAUGAUAAAACUCUUUGUUG